AUGUCCGACCAAACACAAGCUGGAAUGCUCAAACAACUUAGGCAGGACCUACUGCGCAAGUAUGAGCUGCAUGGGGAGCGAGUCGGGGAGAUUUGGCGCGCCUGGAGCCCCGCCCAACGCGCAAAGGCACUAAAGGCUGGGGCUGCAGAGGGAGUGAUGCUGAAAUCCCGCACUGAUCGCUCUCUAGGCUUUACUCGGCUGCUGAUUCCCGAAUGGAAUAUCCAAGAUUUAACAGCGCCGUCCCCGGAUCCUUCCACUUUGAUGGCCCACCUCCGCCAUCGCGCCCUGUCCCCUCUACUUGAACAGUAUGCUCAAGGUCCGAAUGGACAGCCUGGCGAUGCAGACGUCAUCUUUCACGGCAUGGAGCGCGGCCUUCAAUACUCGGAGUCAUAUCGUUAUGAAUUCACGCAGUUCAUCGACGAGGAAAGCUAUGGUGUGUCUAUGGCCGCUAGAGACGGCAACAUGUAUCGACAGGUCAUGGCCGGUAUGCAAGCUGCAGUCGAUAGCAGGCACAUCGUUCCCCGAUCGGCUGGAGAGCUUAUCUUGGCGAGGCAAGUUUCCAUACUACAGGCUUUGAAUAUCCUUGUUGAGGAUAUUCUUGAGCUGGGUUCGUCCACAAGAGCCACCGCUGUCCCGAAAAAGAAGCAACCCAAAGAAAUAAACCGGGCACCUCCAGCUGCUGCGGAUUCUAAGCCGGCGAAGCUGUCCCUGGACGAGAUCCUUGCUCGUGCUCAAGAUCAGAAAUCAUCUGUUGAGGAUUACCUUGGUCUGUGUCGGAAAGAAUGCGCCUUUCUUGCACCGAUUGUCAAUAUGUGGUUCGCAACACGCCCCGAGCUGCUCCCGGAUGAAAGAGGGCAAAGACUACCAUUGCAUACCGACAAGUACAAAAGCACUGCCUUCUUCGAAGCGCUGCACUCCGCCGUUAUUGGUGUCGCUGUUUGGGACUAUAUCUGCCGACUGCUCCAAACUCUCAUCGACAAGCCGGACGACAGGCAAUAUCGGACCAUGGUCCUGCAAGAGAUUUCGAAUGUCUGCCACUUCGAGUACGAUAGGGUGCAAAAGCUUUUCAAGCGCUACGUCCAAACGUGCACCGGGGCGAAAUACUUCAGACGCGCUUCGGGUGGAGGAAAGAACAAAGCGGUCCGCGUGGUAAUGAAGGGCAAGCCAGAGGCUGUCGUUCAGGAGGAUCCACAACUUGGCUAUCUUCUCCAUCUCUGCGAACCAAAAACGAGCGCUAUCAAGUCCGUCCAGUGGAUCGCUAAGCUUGACGAGCUUCACCACGCAGAGCCGAGGAAACUCGAAGAACUGUUUGACUCGGAAUAUGAUGCCCUAGGCGACCUUGCGGUUAUUGCAGCCUUCAUUCAGUCCCUGGCCGCUUCCCUACCCUUGCCCCCUCCCAACGGCACGAAGGGACAAGUAUUUGUCUCCAGAUUGAAGAGCCUAACUACGGAGCUGGACGCGCUUACGGACGAUCUCGAUCUCAGCGACUUUGUUGUCCCUAUUGAUAAUCUUUUGGAGCCUGGGGUUGCUGAACGCGCUUUGGUUGUGCUCAACAACUUCAUUAUCAACAAGGCCGGGUCUGAAAUAGGCCUGCUUUAUGAGGGUGUCACGGAAGAGGCUCUGAAUGCGGUCCAGGUUCAGUACUCCGAAAACCGAGCGAUCGAAAAAGACCUGCAAACUAGGUUAUCCAUCACAGAAGUAUCCACCCCUACACCUGAGGUAAUUAUCCAAGAGCGCCGUGAAAAAGCAAAGACCCGUCCUGCACACUCGUCAGUAUACAGUAUUGUUGGCGAUGAACCUGCCGCUGGAGAUGCUGAAGCGCCGUCCCGAAAAUUGAAGGUCAACAGGGAUGCAUUUGAGGUUUUCUCGACCCUCUUCUCACGGGCAGAAGCACAGGGACAAGGUUCCAUUACCUGGGCGGCAUUCCAAAAGGCAAUGCAAAACCUGAAGUUCUCCGUCAUUCCAAGAUUCGGUUCGGUCUUCUCGUUCCUACCCCCGGGCGACCCUUCUUUGUCGAGACCUUUCACAAUUCAUCGCCCUCAUCAGUCCCGCAUCGAGGGGUAUAAACUGAUAUACUUUGCGAACCGCCUGAAGAGAAUCUACGGAUGGGGGACGGACACGUUCGAAGUUGCGUGA